AUGCCACGUAAGGAGGAGAGAGAAAGGAGACAUUUGGUUAGAGCAGAGGAGAGAGAGACGGCAGAGUUUGAUAGUUUGAUUCAUCUAUAAGGUCCUCACGAGGGAUUCGCUCUGCCAUUCCCUACCCACUCUUGAACGCCUUCGCACUCUAUCACCUAUCUCUUUUUUCGCAUUUCUUUUCGCGUGAAGAGUUUGUGGAGUGUAGAUAUUUUUGGGGAUAUUACUGGAAGACAUGAAUUUGUAAGACUGGAGGUAGAGUAAAUUUUCCCGGUCAGAUCCACGUGCAUCGUACAGCUUUUAUUUGAAAAGUUUCUUUUUCUUCUGAUCCUGUCCAUUUGUGAUUGCUUUUGGACUGGUGGGGAAUUUGCCCCAAUUACACUGCCACUGAAAAAGUUACGAAAGAGGACUCCUGGGGAAGGUGAAAGAGGGAAGGGGUGGUGUGGGUAAACUUAAAGUAAUUGGUGACUGAAACAAAUUGGAAGAACAGAUACAUGGACUUACAGCAGUACUUUGCACAUGAAUGGAAGUCCAUUCCUGGUGCAGUGAAUUCGGAGAAUUCCAAUGGCUGCUUUGACUGCAACAUCUGUUUGGACUUUGCACAUGAGCCUGUGGUCACCCUUUGCGGCCAUCUUUAUUGCUGGCCUUGCAUCUACAAAUGGCUUCACGUCCAGAGUGCCUCCCUUGCCUCUGAUGAGCAUCCUCAAUGCCCUGUUUGCAAGGCUGAUAUAUCACACACCACCAUGGUUCCCCUUUAUGGCAGGGGCCAAACCAGUUCUGAAGCUGAGCUCGAAGGGAAGGCAGCUUAUAAGGAUAUGGUAAUCCCUCCAAGACCAUCGGCUUGUAUUGCACAAGCUCUUAUGUCUCCUAUGUCUCAUACAGGUCAGCAACUUCCGUAUCGUAAUCCUUAUCAGAACCAACACUAUAACCCUCAUACAUAUGGCAGUUAUGGUGAAGAUUCUACGUCUCCACUGCUUAAUCUCAGUGGUACUACGACGACAGGUUUCCACCAUCCCAUGAUUGGAAUGUUUGGAGAGAUGGUUUAUGCCAGGGUGUUUGGAAAUUCGGAGAGCUUAUACUCAUAUCCGAACUCAUACCACCUGGUGGGAAACAGUAGUUCGAGGCUGAGAAGGCAGGAGAUGCAGGCCAACAAGUCACUGAACAGAGUUUCGAUUUUCCUUUUCUGCUGCUUUCUUCUGUGCCUGAUCGUCUUCUAAAAUUUGUUAAAGGCUAAUUUUGUAUACUUUGUAUAAAAGUAUUGUAAGCUUUAUGAACAUGGAUAGGUGAUAUAUAAUAUAUCAUAUAUGAGGUAACAUUAAAAAUCUAGCUAAGAAUUCUAUUA